CGUCCACGGCGGAGGAUGCGGGAGCGCAUCUGGGCGCAGCUGCCGCUGCUGCUGCCCUGGCUACUGCUGCCGCCGCCGCUGUGGGGCGGCCCCCCGGACGGCCGGUUCCCGGAGAGCGAGCCCGAGCCCGGGCCUCUGCAGCCCUUCGACCUGCUCUACGCCAGCGGCGUGGCCGCCUACUACAGCGGAGACUACGAGGUGGCCGUGCGCGACCUAGAAGCGGCGCUGCGCAGCCACCGGCGCCUGCGGGAGAUCCGCGCACGCUGCGCCCGCCACUGCGCAGCGCGCCGCCCGCUCGUGACCCCUGGCGCUGGCCCGGGGGCCGAGCUGCCCUUCUUCCGCGCCCUGCUUGAGCGGGCGCGCUGCUACCGCAGUUGCCAGAGCCAGCGCCUCGGGGGCCCCGCGUCCCGCCACCGCGCCAGCGAGGAUGUGCGCAGCGACUUCCAGCGCCGAGUGCCCUACAACUACCUGCAGCGGGCCUAUAUCAAGCUUAACCAGCUGGAAAAGGCAGUGGAAGCAGCACACACAUUUUUCAUGGCCAACCCUGAGCACAUGGAAAUGCAGCAGAACAUCAAGAAUUACAGAACGAUGGCGGGCGUUGAAGAUCUCCAGCUGGUAGAUCGGGAUGCCAAACCACACCUGGAGAGUUACAGUGAAGGAGUUAAACAUUAUGAGGCAGAUGACUUUGAACUAGCUAUCAAGUACUUUGAACAAGCUUUAAGAGAAUAUUUCAAUGAAGAUACGGAGUGCAGAGCCCUGUGUGAGGGGCCUCAGAGAUUUGAGGAAUAUGAGUACUUAGGGUAUAAAGCUGGUCUCUAUGAAGCCAUUGCAGAUCACUAUGUGCAGGUGCUGGUUUGUCAGCAUGAAUGUGUAAGGGAACUUGCCACCCGCCCUGGCCGCCUCUCACCAAUCGAGAACUUUCUUCCCCUACAUUAUGACUACCUACAGUUUGCCUACUAUCGAGUUGGUGAAUAUGUGAAAGCCUUGGAGUGUGCCAAGGCCUAUCUUCUAGUCCAUCCAGAUGAUGAGGAUGUCAGAGACAAUGUGGAUUACUAUGAGAGUCUGUUGGAUGACAGCACUGACCCAGCAUCUAUCCAGGCCAGAGAGGAUUUGGCGAUGUUUGUGAAGCAUCAUAAACUGGAAUCAGAAUUAAUAAAGUCAGCUGCAGAGGGUCUGGGAUUUUCAUACACUGAGCCGAAUUAUUGGAUUCAAUAUGGAGGAAGACAGGAUGAGAAUCAGGUCCCUUCAGGAGUGAAUGUGGAGGGGGCAGAAGUUCACGGAUUAUCAACACGGAAAAAGUCAUCACCCAAGAUAGACCGAGACCUAAGAGAGGGUGGCCCUCUGCUCUAUGAGAACAUCACGUUCGUCUACAACUCUGAGCAGCUGAACGGGACUCAGCGCGUCCUCCUGGAUAACGUCCUGUCGGAAGAACAGUGCCAGGAGCUGCACAGCGUGGCUAGUGGAAUCAUGCUUGUUGGUGAUGGAUACAGAGGAAAAACUUCACCCCAUACACCCAAUGAAAAGUUUGAAGGUGCAACUGUCCUGAAAGCACUCAAAUUUGGUUAUGAAGGCCGAGUCCCCCUGAAGAGUGCCCGUCUGUUUUAUGACAUCAGCGAGAAGGCUCGAAAGAUUGUCGAAUCCUAUUUCAUGCUGAACUCAACCCUGUAUUUUUCCUAUACACACAUGGUCUGCCGCACAGCCCUGUCUGGUCAACAGGAUAGAAGAAAUGACCUCAGUCAUCCCAUCCAUGCUGACAACUGCCUGUUGGAUCCAGAGGCCAAUGAAUGCUGGAAGGAGCCUCCUGCUUACACAUUCCGGGACUAUAGUGCCCUCCUAUAUAUGAAUGAUGACUUUGAAGGAGGAGAAUUCAUAUUCACUGAGAUGGAUGCCAAGACUGUGACUGCCUCUAUAAAACCAAAGUGUGGGCGCAUGAUCAGCUUCUCAUCUGGAGGAGAGAACCCGCAUGGGGUAAAGGCAGUCACCAAGGGCCAGAGGUGUGCUGUGGCUCUGUGGUUUACCUUGGACCCACUCUACAGAGAAUUGGAACGAAUACAGGCUGAUGAAGUGAUUGCGAUCCUGGAUCAAGAACAGCCAGGGAAGCACAAACCAAAUAUCAACCCCAAAGAUGAGCUAUAAAAAUGAGAAAAAGAGUAUUCUAUCAGAUAUUUAUUUAAAUUGUUAAUCUUAUGAGAACCUUUUUAUUUUUGUACAGAGCCACGGUAUAAAUUAACAGGUUAAUAUGAGUCACCAGAUCUCCCUUCUGUGCCUAAGGAUGCUUGCUUUGCCCCUCUCCAUCUUUCUGUCUUGGUUUUUCAGCCGGUCAUCUCUCAAAGCCCAGUGACGCCCUCCGCACCACACAUACACACACACACACACACACACACACACACACACACA